UCCAGCAAACUGCUUCAAGCGCACAUUGAUGCUACAUUUACACACACUUAAAAACAUCGCUUAGCAACGAACCAUAUCUUUAGAGAAGAAGCCUGGUUGAGCGUUCAUCACAGAACAGUUUUACCCGAAAAGCCACAAUGAAAACCAAAUUUAUAAACGGGGUUUCUUCUUCGCCCUCCAUGUCGCUGGGCCUGCUGGUCACCGACAGUGUCCUGCAGGUCCAGCCCGACACCCAGGACGACUGGAAGGACCUGACCCGCCCCGACAGCCCCGACCGGGACACACGGACGAUGGCUUACCGCUGGUGUAAAGAGUUCCUCAACGGAUCCUGGAGAACCCUGGUAGAGGACGACUUCAACAUCACCAUCAUUAGAGGUGGGCUGAGCAACAAGCUCUUCUUGUGCAGCCUCCCAGACAGUGCGGACACUGUUGGCGAUGAGCCCAGGAGCAUUCUGCUGCGCCUCUACGGGGCCAUCCUGCAGAUGUCCUGUAAUAAGGGAGAAUCCCAACAGUCAAACAAAGACAAUCCCUUUCAAGGGGCAGAGGCCAUGGUGCUGGAGAGUGUGAUGUUUGCCAUUUUGGCGGAGAGGGAACUGGGACCGAAACUCUACGGUAUUUUUCCACAGGGACGACUGGAGCAAUAUCUACCGAGCCGUAAGCUGGACACCUGUGAGCUGAGUGAUCCCAACAUUUCAGCAGAGGUUGCAGAAAAAAUGGCCAAGUUUCAUGCAAUGAGGAUGCCGUUUAACAAGGAACCCACGUGGUUGUUUGGAACCAUGGACAAGUAUUUAGGCCAAGUCAUGAGACUCAACUUCACUCGAGAGUCUCAACUGCGUCGCUUCAACCGCUUGCUGAGCUACAACCUGCUUCAUGAGAUGGAUUGGCUGAAGGCUCUGCUGGAGUCCACCAAUUCUCCUGUGGUGUUCUGCCACAAUGACUGCCAAGAAGGAAACAUCUUGCUGCUAAACUGCCGUCCUGAAUCAGACAAACAGAAGCUGAUGCUAAUUGACUUUGAGUACAGCAGCUAUAACUAUAGAGGAUUUGAUCUUGGCAACCAUUUCUGUGAAUGGAUGUAUGACUACAACUGUGACCACUUUCCGUUUUUCAAAGUCAAUGUCCAGGCAUAUCCUUCCAAGGCUCAACAGCUCCACUUUAUUGAAAACUACCUGCGUGCGUCUGAUGGAGACUAUGACAACCUGAGUCAAGCCGACCAAAUGAAGAUGAAGGAAGAACUAUACGUGGAGGUCAACAGGUUCUCUCUCGCAUCCCAUUUCUUUUGGGGCCUGUGGUCUAUCAUUCAGGCCCGCCUCUCCACCAUCAAGUUCGGAUAUCUGGAGUACGCCCUGGCCAGGUUCGACGCCUACUUCCAGCAGAAGAAGAUGUGGGCUGUCUAGUGAGGAAGAUGACGAGCACGGCGGUCUUUCUAGCGGAUGAAAAGAUUAUUGCUUUAUGGCGCUCUGCGUUGAGCGUGUUUGCUGGCUGUGGCUGGUGGCGAUGCUAGAAGUCAAUCACUAAUCCGCGUGCUACUGUACAAACGUGAUACAGCCCAACGUAGUCGACGCCACGCUAGUCUGCGCUUCUGCAUUGCUUGAUUCUAAUCUAACAUACAGUAGGCCGUGUCAGGCAGGUCGAGGGGUGGAUUUCAGUUGGGGCGAGACUGGAAGCGUUAACAUUGCAUCAAUGUAUUGAUCAUUUUGUGGGUAACCCCAACUAUGUAUAUUAUAUAUAGACCUCAGUGGUACUAUCGCACCUCCGGGUUAGUGGGCUUGUUAUACCUAUUAUGUGUGCUAUUAUUAUUCACGCUCUUUUAGUUAACAUUUGGUAUUCACGCCAGAGAAGGGAUUUUGUUGCAUUUUGUCGAAAUGAGCGUAUAUUUCAUGUUUUCUGGGUCACAUAACCCAACCCAAAUGAACAAAGUCAACCUUUCACGGACAGUAGAACCCCGCUAGUCACAAAGUCACGUUUACAAGAACCCCCAUAGAUGGUGAAAACCGCAAAAUCAUGGAUUUGGAUUUUUGCCUAUCGUUCACAAUCAUUAUUGGAGACAAGAAGACAACUUUUUUUUUUUUUUUUUUUUUUGCAUUCUACUUUGUCAUAAUCGGCUCGUUCUAGGUGGCUAGCAAUGCAGCUAAUGGGAGUAAUCAAUUCUACCUCUAAAUUACUUCAAAAAAGCAUCCAAAAACCAUUACCUGUGUAAUAACUAUGCCGUAGCAACAUUGUUAUUGUAAGAGCCAACAACACUCACUCACUCUUCCCCAUGACUGUCAAGUCGUUGGGGGGGAUAACUGCGAUGAAGAAGCAGCCAGUCCGUGCCAGUUCCCACGGUCCUUAGUGGCCGUCAAUAGCUCUGCGGUCGACAAGUCCGUCCAUGUCUUGAUGUUGUCUGUCCAGGAUUACCGUGGUCUUCCUCGCUUCCUUCCAUCCUCUAGUGUGCCCUGCAUGAUGGGGUGUGUGGCCAAAUCAAGCUAAUUUCCUUCUUUUGACUGUUGCGAGCAGGGGUUCUUGGUGACGAACGGGUCUUUCGACUUCACCUUUCAUUGGUUUUGUGUUCGUGGUAUGUUAUCUUGAGUAUUCUUCUGAGGCGUUUGUUUUCAAAGGCUUGUAUUUUCCGUUCUGAUCCUACCAGGAGUGUCCAGGUCUCGCAUCCAUAAAGUAAUAUUGAUGUUAUUAGGGAUUUGCAAAGUUUGAACUUUGUCUUAAUGUUGCUUUUCCAUAUUUUGCUUAGUUUGGUCAUUGCUGCUGGUGGCGAUCCGAAUGCGGAUUUCCGCAUCACAUGUGGCAUCUUUGGCCAGUGUUGCUCCCAGGUAUUUUAAAUCUGGACACUUCCUCCAGUUGUUUUCCAUCCAUCAUUAUGUUGGCCCUUGAGUUCUUUGAGGUGUUCACCAGUUCCUUUGAUUUGGCUGUGCUGACCUCCAUUUCACAGGCACCAGCUGCUGUGCAUAAUUUGUUUGUAAGGUCCUGCAGUUUGGAGUUUCAGCCUGCCAUGAGGUCGAUAUCAUUUGCAAAACGUAGAGAGCGAACAAGGAGGAACUCUUUUUUUCCAACGUAGUAACACAUCGGCCUGUUUCAGCAAGCUUGCUACGGCAAGAGAUAAGCCAGCUUCCACGUUAGCACCUGAAUUGCUUUUGAGUCUGUAAUGCAAUCUGUACUGACUGAAAAACAUUAACAAUCCAACAGUAUCUGUAAAGUAUUAGCCCACAUUUCAUGUUUUGUUUGUACACAGAUAGCUCGAAAGUCUAUGCAGUUGUAAUAACACGCAUGACCUUCAGCAUGUAUCAUGAUCAAUUUUGAAUCACUCGAUGGACAGUUGUUCGUUUGGUCCAGCUGACCAGGGAUGUUUUUUACGUUUUUUUUUGGCUAAGCACGUCCAAGUUCUAGGCUUCUGUCUGCUUCAACAUUUCACCCUUCCUUCAUGCUCGCUUCUAUAAGCAACAGUUCGUCCUCUGUAUACUCAGGUUCAAAAAGAUAUGGUUGUGAAUCCUCAUUUGUCCAAAAAUAGUCAUCUUCGUUGUCUGUUACCAAGUCUGCCAUGAUUAGAAAACACAAGCGUUUGUUGCCGGAAGGAACUCAGUUGAAUAAAAUGACCAAUACGGUAAAUAUUGAUCGUGUUACAUAUUGUUAAGAACAUGUCUAAUGUUACUACACUUGCAGUGUGUAUAUAAACCUUGAUGCAGGGUUUUGAAGGCUACAAUAGUGACUCCCAUUAGCUGCAUCUUUCAAGCCUAUUUUUUAAUCAUCUUUAAAACCCUUUAAAAAAAGACUGGUGUUCUGGGGCCGUAUUUAUCAAGCGUCUUAGAGUGCCAUUUUACACUUAAGUCCUGAGAAUUUGCGAAAUUUAGUCCUACUCUCAAACUUAAAGGGGAACAUUAUCACAAUUUCAGAAGGGUUAAAACCAUUAAAAAUCAGUUCCCAGUGGCUUAUUUUAUUUUUCGAAGUUUUUUUCAAAAUUUUACCCAUCACGCAAUAUCCCUAAAAAAAGCUUCAAAGUGCCUGAUUUUAACCAUCGUUAUAUACACCCGUCCAUUUCCCUGUGACGUCACACAGUGAUGCCAAUACAAACAAACAUGGCGCAUAGAACAGCAAGGUAUAGCGACAUUAGCUCGGAUUCAGACUCGGAUUUCAGCGGCUUAAACAAUUCAACAGAUUACGCAUGUAUUGAAACGGAUGGUUGUAGUGUGGAGGCAGGUAGCGAAAACGAAAUUGAAGAAGAAACUGAAGCUAUUGAGCCAUAUCGGUUUGAACCGUAUGCAAGCGAAACCGACGAAAACGACACGACAGCCAGCGACACGGGAGAAAGCGAGGACGAAUUCGGCGAUCGCCUUCUAACCAACGUUUGGUAUGUGUUUGUUUGGCAUUAAAGGAAACUAACAACUAUGAACUAGGUUUACAGCAUAUGAAAUACAUUUUGCAACAACAUGCACUUUGAGAGUGCAGACAGCCCAUUUCAGGCGUGCUAAGAACAUAUAUUUUUCCACAAUUUCAGCACUCAGGUUAACCAUACCUAAAUAGACACAAAAUACUGCAUUACACAAGACUACUCGAAUGAUUGAAAAAAAUAAAUGUUUUUAAGCUAAAUUAUUGGUAAACACAGUUUAUGUAUAAUAAUUUACGUAAAACUGCGAGUAAUGAAUAAAGUUUUCAUCAAUUAAUAUAUUCUGUAGACAUACCCUCAUCCGCUCUCUUUUCCUGAAAGCUGAUCUGUCCAGUUUUGGAGUUAAUGUCAGCAGGCCAGGGAAGCUAGGGUCUUUAUCGUUGGAAAUGCAUCUGCUUUGAGUGUCGCAGGAUAUCCACACAUUCUUGCCAUCUCUGUCGUAGCAUAGCUUUCGUCGGUAAAGUGUGCGGAACAAACGACUGACCAUUUCGUCGGCUUUCCCCACAGCCUCGUAUUUUGAACAAAUGUCGUCCAAUUUCUUGCCACUUUCGCAUCUUUGGGCCACUAGUGCAACUUGAAUCCGUCCCUGUUCGUGUUGUUACACCCUCCGACAACACACAGACGAAAGUGAGAAAAUGGCGGAUUGCUUCCCGAUGUGACGUCACAACGUCAUCGCUCCGAGAGCGAAUAAUAGAAAGGUGUUUAAAAAUCGCCAAAAUUCACCCAUUUAGAGUUCGGAAAUCGGUUAAAAAAAUAUAUGGUCUUUUUUCUGCAACAUCAAGGUAUAUAUUGACGCUUACAUAGGUCUGGUGAUAAUGUUCCCCUUUAAGAUUAAAAGCUAUUUAUCAACUUUCUUAAGUCUCAGAAUCACUCCUACUCUCCACGAUAUUUAAGAGACCUUCAGAGGUGUCCUAAGUGGUUAGGAGUUGCCAGCGGGGUAUGGCACUGAGGCGAACGUUCAGGGAGCGGAAGGAUGUCCUGGCUUUGUUUGAUGACGAGCAGCUGAUCAAACGGUAUCGUUUAGACAGAGCAGGUAUUAUUUUUGUCACAGAUUUAAUAAGGGGCGUCAUCUCAUCAGCAACAUCACGCAGCAGAACUAAAGGUCAUCACAAUGCUUCGAUAUUUCGCCACUGGGAAAAUGAAUUGGAAAGAAAAGGAAACAUUUAUUUUUUAUUCAUUGCCGAUAUUGUUUCUUUGUUUUGUAUUAUUUUGUAGUUUAUUGUCAAAAUAUACACUCCCAUUGUCCACUUAAAUAUUUCUAAGAUAUUUCUUUAUUCUUAGACAAGGGAUUCCCUUCCGUGAUUGAUCAUUUCUAUGGACACAGAAAUGACGUCACCUAUAAUUCCAUUUACGGCACAUAGUAAUGUCGUAAUUCAGCUCUGAGUGUGACACUUAAGAUUCAGUCCUACACUUUGCUGAAAGUGUGAGUAAGACGCUUGAUAACUAACUUUCAGCGAAUAAUUUCUUUACUCAUAAGUCAACUCUUAGCAGACUUCUUAGGAGUAAUUUUAAGACGCUUGAUAAAUACGGCCCCUGUUCUUGUCUCUCAUAAUGAUUGUGAACGAUAGGCAAAAUUCCCACAAAAAAGUGCAGUCCCCUUUAAGGUAUGUGUUUCACACAUUCACACAGUGUAGUACUGCAACAAUAAAUGCAGUCACACAACUGUAACGGAGGCUGUGCCAACUGAACGUCAGUAAACCUCACUACCCCAUGCCUAAAGAGCUUUUGUGGACACCGAGUUGACAGCUCAUUCUUUUAGCUCAGUGCCUAGCGCACACCCCUAUUUCGGGGGACCCAGGUUCGAGCCCCGCGCAAAACAGACACAGAGGCUGGACCGGCAUCAUGUCUUGCUGAAGCGAAAAUGUAGAGUUUCUCUGCUGAUUGUGCCACCAAACCACUUUUUAUCUAAGUCGCCAUUAAAAAAAUACAAUUUAAAGCAGAAAAAGGAUUCCUGCAAAUAAGCUCGGAUCUACUGUAGCAAUAUUGGACUUAGUAAGUUCAUUAUACUGUACAACUGCUGUAUGUCCUUGUCGCUCACACUGACCGUUCUGACAUGUUCUGUGAUGAGUAAAUGCAGUUUGAAAAUGCACCUUUUAGAAAAGUCUACUUUACACUUCAACUGUGUGAGUCUAGCUGAAACAAAAUUGCGGCGAUACGUCGAGUACGUUUCCAUGCACACAAUAUCAGUCCUGACAACAUUUAGGCCUUUUUCGUGCUCGACACAUGUUGCUGCUCUCUAGCUAGCAUUUGGUUCUAUUUCCUGUGCGGAAACCGCCUCUCUUCUUCCCUUUUCUAACCAACUUGCACAACAGAAAGUACGCCUUCGGAAAAAUGUUCUUCGCAUAACUUAGCGACCGUGAUUGGCUGGCUUGUAGAACAUUACUUCCUGUGUGUGUACGACUCAUUUAGAGGGCACAGACGCCUUUUACUUUGACUUCAGAUCAACAUUUGCAAUAAAAAAAAUACAAACUUUUUAAAAACGUCAAUAAUCUACUUAAUAAACAAUUGUCAACUUUAAUCAUUUUGACGAUAUUUACUAUAUUUUCUCAAGACGUGAAUGUGGUGUGCAUGGAAACUUUACUUAACUCUCCAUUGAUCAUCAGGGAACUAUUGAUUAUAUUUUUGCAAUGAAGAUCCUUUUUUUUUUAAAGACAGACGCAAGCUAAAUGUUCAGACUUAUUGGCUUUUGAAGGUUGCUUUAAGCUUUUUAAAUAAAUGUCUUCAAGCAUGCUAAGUCAGUUUGCACCAUAGUAAGUCAGUCAGUGCUCCGUAUCAUGCUAAAUGAGAUAGCAUAAUGCUAAACCAGUCUACAUCUACAUCAUGCUAAAUCUGUUAGCGUUGUUUUAAAUGUGUUAGCAUCGUGCUGAAUAUGUUAGCAGCAUGUGAAAUCAGUGAGCAUAAUCUUAAACAUGUUAGCAUCAUUCAACAUCAGCUAGCAUCAUUUUAGGAUUGUGUUACAUCAAUGAGCAUAAUAUUAAAUUGGUAAGAAGCAUCAGGCUGAAUGAGUUAGAAUCAUGAUAGCAUCAUUCGAAAAUCGGUUCGGAUCAUCCUAAAUCAGAUAGCAUUAUGCGAAAUACGUUAGCAUCAUUUCGAAUCAACUUGAUAAGAAGUAUCAGGCGAAAUGAGUGAAAAUCACGCUAAAUCAGUUUGCAUCAUGCUAAAUGAUAGCAUCAUUCAAAAAUCGGUUUGCAUCGUCCUAAAUCAGGUAGCAUUAUGCUAAAUACGUUAGCAUCAUUUCGCAUCAACUUGAUAAGAAGUAUCAGGCUAAAUGAGUGAAAAUCACGCUAAAUCAGUUUGCAUCAUGCUAAAUGAUAGCAUCAUUCGAAAAUUGGUUCGCAUCGUCCUAAAUCAGGUAGCAUUAUGCUAAAUACGUUAGCGUCAUUUCGCAUCAACUUGAUAAGAAUCAUCAGGCUAAAUAAAUUUGAAUCAUGCUAAAUCAGUUUGCAUCAUGCUAAAUGAUAGCAUAAUUCGAAAAUCGGUUCGCAUCGUCCUAAAUCAGGUAGCAUUAUGCUAAAUACGUUAGCAUCAUUUCGCAUCAACUUGAUAGGAAGUAUCAGGCUAAAUGAGUGAAAAAUCACGCUAAAUCAGUUUGCAUCAUGCUAAAUGAUAGCAUAAUUCGAAAAUCGGUUUGCAUCGUCCUAACUCAGGUAGCAUUAUGCUAAAUACGUUAGCAUCAUUUCGUAUCAACUUGAUAAGACGUAUCAGGCUAAAUGAGUGAAAAUCACGCUAAAUCAGUUUGCAUCAUGCUAAAUGAUAGCAUCAUUCGAAAAUUGUUUCGCAUCGUCCUAAAUCAGGUUGCAUUAUGCUAAAUACGUUAGCGUCAUUUCGCAUCAACUUGAUAAGAAUCAUCAGGCUAAAUAAAUUUGAAUCACGCCAAAUCAGUUUGCAUCAUGCUAAAUGAUAGCAUAAUUCAAAAAUCGGUUCACAUCGUCCUAAAUCAGGUAGCAUUAUGCUAAAUACGUUAGCAUCAUUUUGCAUCAACUUUGCUUCGUAUUUUGUAAUGUUUACCUACGAGAUUUUAUCGAGCGAUUAGCAUUAUGCUAAAUACGUUAGCAUCAUUUCCUAUCAACUUUGCUUCAUAUUUUGCAACGUUUACCGACAAGAUUUUAUUGAGCGAUUAGCACUAUGCUAAAUACGUUAGCAUCAUUUCACAUCAACUUUGCUUCGUAUUUUGUAAUGUUUACCUACAAGAUUUUAUUGAGCGAUUCGCAUUAUGCUAAAUACGUUAGCAUCAUUUCGCAUCAACUUUGCUUACUAGUUCGUAAUGUUUACCUACGAGAUUUUAUUGAGCGAUUAGAGACCUGACGCGAUGAAAGUUGCACUAUGCAAUGACCUAACCGCUGACCGAUGUGUUCAUAUGUAUAUCAGUACUGCAGAAUGCAGUGUUAUUUGCAGAUAUACAUGUAUCAGUACUGCAGUAUACAGUAUUAUUUGCUUAUAUACAUGUAUCAGUACUGCAGUAUGCAGUAUUAGUCGCUUAUAUACUGUACAUGUAUCAGUAUUCCUUGCUCACCAGUGAGAAAAACCCUAAAAUGUGAUCCAGUUUUACCUCAUAUUUUCUUCUAAGAGUCGUGUCACAAUGGAAGGAAGUCAAAGUUAUUUUGUGCAACAGUCGAUGCUGCUUUGUAAUGUCCAGUAGAGCACUUUCCAUCUAAAGAAAACUGGACUUGAUACUUGGAUUUGUUUGAGUCGGUUUCUUUUGCAUGUCUUUUGUAUCCCUUCUUAUAUUUUACCACUAAACUUGUUUUUCAGUGUUUUUAGCGUUUAUCACGAUUUUGUAUUCUCUUUAUCUUAAAAAAUCAUUCUGAGCCCAGAUUUUUUCUUUUGUUGUAUAAAAACAAUGUUGUUGGGUUAUUGUCAUGUAACAGUACAUGUAGAGGGGGGAUGUCCCACUCCUAAUAUUCUUCACAUUUAUGUUUAUUAAAGUAAAAUAAAAAUGUCAAACUAUGCUCAAGUUCAAUAAAGUGGACUACGUACAGUUUUAAUCAAAAAUCCAAGUUAUUAUUAUUAUUAUACUUUUGGUGGCAUUUAAUGGUUUUCACGUGGCUUUGCACACUUGAGUAAAGGAAGAUGUAUUAAAAUGUAUCGCGACCGUCAUCUUCCUCCUGUAACAUUUUGGUUUGGACCAAAAAAAAAAAAUGACGAGUCGACGUUAGCCAUCCAUCAUAACUGUUCAUAACUGUUAAAUGCGUAUUUUAAUGACAUACGUUUGAAGUUUUUCCUCUUAUUCUAAAUUAUGAUUUUGUAACAGUGCAUUUUCUUUCAUUUUUGUUUCACGCCAGUAGAAAGUCGGACUAAUAGUUGACUAACACAAUUGCUGAUUCGCAUGUGGUACAGUAAAUAUUGAGCUUCAGCUAUGAAUACAUAACUUCUAUGUUUACUGAUGAAGCUGCAUAACAUGGUGUAUAAUAAUUCUGCUUUGCACAAAUAAACAGAACAACGGGAAAAUGCUUUGUGUGUUGAAAUAUGUAUUUGUUCAUAAGUAGCAAGUAUGCUUCUCAAUACAACUGCAUCAUUAUUUUCUUAAAAAAAACAAUUGACAGAAGAAUCAAACUAUUGAGCA